UGCUGGACCAAACACUGGGCCUCAAACCCCCACGUGAUCAAAUCCGCUUCCUGCCGAAUCACAUGAUUAUAACUACGCUGGCCGGCUAGCGAGCUAACAGGCUAACAGGCUAGCUCCGGUUGUCACGGCCGCUGUCAACAGCCACAGCCGGGGGAACGGAGCAGCACUCCCACAAGUAGUUCGCGAAACUCGCAUAGUCUCCGGGAAGUCCCCCCCCCCCCCCGGCGCUGCCCCCUGGGUCGCGUCCGACCCGGGAGCCCCCAUCUGAAGUCAGCCAAGCCCAAGCCAACGUUCGCUCGGUGCACGGUGAUUUCGUAAUGACAAGCUGCUGUGCGGAAGAUGUCCACGCUGUCUGUGACUGAUAUCCCAGAUGUUGGUCAUGAUGAGAGGAAGGCGUUUGUCGGGGCCCCUGAGCUGCAGCUGGACUGCUUGGCUGAGGAGGGCGGCGGAAUGAAGCACGGCGGCCUGCUGUCGCUGGCUGACCUCUCCCGGCCCGACGACCCCCCCGCGCCCCCCCACAACGGCCUGCCGCUGAGCGACAUGAGGAGCCCUCUGCCGGGGGAGCCCAGCGACGUUAAGCCGGACCCGUCCGGGGGCGACGCGCCCGCCGGCUCAGACGGGCAGCCGGUGAAGAGGAAGAAGGGGCCGGCGCCGAAGAUGCUGGGCAACGAGGUGUGCAGCGUGUGCGGCGACAAGGCCUCGGGCUUCCACUACAACGUCCUGAGCUGCGAGGGCUGCAAGGGCUUUUUCCGGCGCAGCGUCAUCAAGAGCGCCCAGUACAACUGCAAGAACAGCGGCCGCUGCGAGAUGGACAUGUACAUGCGCCGCAAGUGCCAGCAGUGUCGCCUGCGCAAGUGCCGCGAGGCGGGCAUGCUGGAGCAGUGCGUGCUCUCCGAGGAGCAAAUCCGAGUGAAGAAGAUGAAGAAGCAGCACGAGGACGACACGGCGCGCUCGUCCGCCGUGGUCACGCCGACGCCGGCGCCGCAGGAGACGGCGCCGCUGGAGCCGCAGCAGCAGGAGAUGAUCGAGAAGCUGGUGGCCAUGCAGAAGCAGUGCAACAAGAGGUCCUUCCUGGACCGGCCCGGAGUCACGCCGUGGCCGCAGAGUCAGGACUUGCUGAACCGAGAAGUGCGUCAGCAGCGGUUCGCCCACUUCACGGAGCUCGCCAUCAUGUCGGUGCAGGAGAUCGUGGACUUCGCCAAGCAGCUUCCUGGUUUCCUGGAGCUCACACGGGAGGACCAGAUCGCUCUCCUCAAGACGUCCACCAUUGAGAUUAUGCUGCUGGAGACGUCCCGGCGCUACAACCCUGCUAUUGACAGCAUCACAUUCCUGAAGGAUUUCAGCUACAACAAGGAGGACUUCGCCAAAGCAGGGCUUCAGUUUGAGUUCAUCAACCCCAUCUUCGAGUUCUCUAAAGGAAUGAAUGACCUGCAUCUGGACGAGGCCGAGUACGCGCUGCUCAUUGCCAUCAACAUCUUCUCCGCAGAUCGGCCCAACGUGCAGGAUCACGACCUGGUGGAGCGGCUGCAGCAGCCCUACGUGGACGCGCUGCGCUCCUACAUCUCCAUCAAGAGACCCAAUGACCACCUGAUGUUUCCCCGCAUGCUGAUGAAGCUGGUGAGCCUUCGCACGCUGAGCAGCGUCCACUCGGAGCAGGUCUUCGCCCUUCGCCUCCAGGACAAGAAGCUCCCCCCCCUGCUCUCUGAAAUCUGGGACGUCAACGAGUGACGACACACACACACACACACACACACACACACACACCCCCUUUCGCUGAAGAGCAGCAGGAACUUUUGACUCAGCCCGUUUGAUGGGUGGAAGGCGGGAGAUGUUUUUUUUUUUUUCUUCUGUCUCUCGUGGGAGGAGGAAGAGGAGGAAGAGGAGGGCGUCGCCGCUCCUUUGCUCUUAAACUUUUAAAUGGUGAAACCUGAACACUUUGUUGUCUUGGAGCGUUUUGUUGUCCUUACCUUUUUGAGGUAGGUGAUUAUGGCGAUUAUCAAAUUCCAGCUUAACACGACUCUUUAGCCAGUUUUCUUUGAUCUUAAUAUCGGUUGAAAGUUCUGUUGUUGUUUUUUUAGUGCAGUUCCACAUGCAUCCUCUAUGAUUUUAAUAGGCUGCGGCAUCAGAAUCACAGCUGCACAUUCACGUGACAUAGUUGUAUAUCUAUAAAUAUUUGCAGUUGUGUGGGCUUUAACGUGGCAGGCCGUCUGGCUUGUAUCGUCGUGGAUUGGCAACAGGUAGUGUCUGUCCCGGGUCGGAGUGAGAAACCAAAUCAAAAGGACGGUGCAGCUGCCGCUCAGGUGGAGCAACGUGAAGUACGCCCGAUUCAGAAUGCUUUUUAUUCCUGGUGCAAAACCUUUCGCUCAUUUAGAAACGUCCAUUAACGUGGGUGUAAAUUCUAUAUUUAUUUCACACGGUGAAGAAAAGGUGCAGGUGAAACACGGGGUUUUUUUUUUUUUACAAUCACACACUCGAUGCACAAUAAGGUGAAAACUCUGCACCGGUGACCUGAGGUCGGUGCAACUAACCAGUCUUAUGAUUCCUUGUAAAGAUUUAACAGUGGUUAAAAGGCGCUGAGAUGCCUCCUCUGUGACUUUCCUCUGCAAGGAAUAAGAAAUCAUCCUGAUAGAAAGAACUGCGGCUACUAUCACCUUAUUUGUCAGUAACUUGUGUGCCGGAUGUACUUAUUCAUUUUUAUUACAAAGCCGUUUAUAUUUCGAUUUUGUUUUUGUUUUUCUUCACUGACAUUUAAAGGUGUGAGAAAUGUACACGCAAGACGCAAAAAGAGCUUUUAGGGGGUGUGACGGCCUUUUUGUUUUUUGACGACUUGCUGUGUCAAUGACACGUAGAGAAAAUGUCUCAAGGGUAAAGUAUCUUUCUGAGUGGGUCAGAUUUAGAAAAGCCUCGGGAAGAAAAAAAACUGAACCAAAAUCGUUCUUACUCGCAGUAGAAACGUUCUAUCAAAGCUCCUGGCUGCAGGCGUAGAGGUGUUCAUGCUUCUCCUGUGCAGCGUGAACUCUGAAUGCAUAACGGAGGGUAAAGACACGCUGAUGCAAAUGCAGAGCUGUGAUGUUUUAUUUUGGGGGCUGAAAACCAGACAACAAAAAGCUUGAAGUAAUUUAAAUAGGACAUUUAAUAAAACAAAGCUAACAUUUUAAAAAGAUUUUUACAAGGUUCCGGUUAAAAUCAUUUACUGUUUUGCAGUGUUUUUUUUAACCAUUUGCAGUAAAAUGUAUUUUGGAUUUUAAUUGAUAGUUUUUACAUUAAUUGAAAUAUGUGCAACUGGCAGUAACAAAGGCUCAGUUCUGAUUUAUUGUAGAUUAAUUGUGUCAUUUGAGUUUUAGAGCUGAUGUCUUUUUUCUUCAUCCAAAAAUGUCUGUAUUUUGCGUAAUCAAUUUGCUUGAUCAACGACAGUAACUUUCACAAAGUGUGUGUUUGUGUGUCAGACACUUUGUCGUUAAAAGAUCGUUUGAGCAUUGCAGCUUUUGCAAAUGCAACUUAAUGUUAAAUCGAGAGUUUAUUGUUUGACGUUCAAUACUAUUUUUUUUUUCUUUCUGUUUUUCUUACCGCUUUCUUGUGCAUCAGCGCCUCUGACCUCAGGCAGAACACGGUGACCUCUGACCUCAGGCAGAACACGGUGACCUCUGACCUCAGGCAGAACACGGUGAGCGCCACCUGUUGGUCUGUGUGGGGACCACAAACCAGUGGAUGUUGGGUUCCCUCCUCUGUGUCGUAUCAGCAGUGGUCACAAGAGCAACAGUAACCGCCGCCCUCUUCCUUCCUCUUUCUCCUCAGAUGCGCCGACAAAAGGGCUUCUGUUUUAGAAAAAAUAAAAUAAAAAAAGUCAUCUCCUGCUGCCUCAGUGGAGGCGAUUUAUAAGAAGGCAACUGGAGGAGCUUCAGUUUUAUUGACAAAUGUCGCCUGAAUUAAAAGUCAAGUUUACGAGUAAUCUGACAAAUUACAAAAAAAAAAGACCUUUUCUGACCGUGUGUUGUAUCGAGCCGCUCCCCCCCCCCCCCUCCCCCCCUUUUAAAAAAAAUGUCUUAUUUUUUUGACCCUCCAUAAAUAAUUAUUGAUUUCCCCUAUAUUCCUCUAACCCCGAGCUAAUGCAUUUAAUAUUUUCUCUCGGACUGGUCAAUAAAUAUGAAAAGAAGCAGAAUAACCAGCGUGUGCAGCAUUUUGAAACCAUACUUUUCUCUUGGGUUCCUUUUGAAAUGAAAUUAAUUGGGAUUUUUUUUUUUCUCUUCUGGCAGGUUACCUAAAGCCAGACACUAACCAUUAAGUUUCAAAAGGAGUAGCUUCUGCAUUAUAAGGGAGGGGGGGGGGCUGUGAUCAAACGAGCAAAAAAACCCCCACCUCUUUCUUUCUCGAGUGUGCAUGUUAAAUCUGUUUGUAUCUAAGGUUAAUUGUGCUGUACAUACUGUAACCGUCACCUCUGAUCUCAUUUACUUCCUGUCUUCGAGGGGUGACGCUGUAAACAUUGUUGAUGUAUAGAAAUGCAAACCUAUUUUAAUACUCGUAGCUCAUGAAGACCUUCUGUUUUGUAUGUAUAUAAAUUAAAGCAAUGCUGUAGUGCUCA